UAGCCGAAUUGUAGGAUAGGUUAGGCCAGAACGUAUGUACAGCUUCAGUUGACAAUUAGUGUGGAUGCCAGUACGCUAGAACCGGUUGCUGCCAUGUCAGGGCCUUCACCAAUCCGCAUAGUGCUUUGGAACGAUGGAGGCGAAGGGUUAGCCUCGGGUGUCGAGGAUGAGGCCCAGCAGGGGGUCCUUCGCUCCUUCGCGAACUUGAUUUCGGAAGUCAUUGAUUCGGUGCUUGGGCUGCCGCAAUUUAGACACGUCGAGGCUGUUGAGGCAGAGGACGCCGCCGAGGAUGGAGCGCCCACGCUGUCGAUUGGCUUCGACUCUGCGGGAGCGGACAGCCAAGUCGACCUCGACAAGCUGCGGGGCCAGCUCGAUAUCGCAGGCCUCUUGCUCGGCACAGCCAAACUGCCUGAGGAGCUGGCGUCCGUAGCAGAGGUCGCUGUUACAGACGAGGAGGAGGGCGCAACGGAGCUGCAAUUCAGCGAUGAAGCGCUGGUUAAGGAUGUCUCGUCCAUCAUAAAGCGCGCACGUCUCGAGCGCCGCUACAACAGCUGGUUUCAAAACGUAGCUGACGACUUGGUUCCGGCUCUGGAUGCCGCCUCAGCCGACAAGGAGCUUACGGAGACGCCCAUGGACCCCUUUGACGUGGUGCAGGCCAUCAUCGCACAGCUGGUCCGGGUGGCGGGGCUGUCCCCUCCACGCCCCAACCUGCUGCAGCGCGGCGGCAUGCUCAUAGGCGGGGUCCUGGGGGUGCCCCGCGCGGCGUUGCGGCAGGUCACUAAGCGGCUGGGUCGCGCGCAGCAGCUGUGGUGGCGGCUGGAGGAUGUGGCGCUGGACGGCUCCCGGGCGGCGGCCAAGCUGGCGGUGCGGGCGGCGCGGCCGCUGGUCAUAGGCUUCGUGCUUCACCGCGCCCUCCGCACGCUUGACAACAGCCGCAGCCUGGACGCCCGGCUGUCGCGCCUGCCGCCACAGCAGGCGGAGCAGGAGUACUACUCGGCGCUGCUGGGGCCGGACUGGCAGCAGCAGAUGCAGGCGGACAUGGAUAAGGCCUGCCAGGAUGUGCAGGAGGGGCUGAUCACGGACGACAUCAACGAGGAGAAGCGGCUCAUGACUGCCGCGCAGCUGCGGCGGCUGGAGGUGGAGGAGUGGGACAAGCAGCGCAUGAAGAACUUCUACCUCUCCUCCUUCGGCGGCCUCAAGUGGUUCGCCGACAUGGAGCAGCAGCUGCACAACCCGCUGUUCAUCGAGAGCCGCGGCUGGACGGACCCGGUGGAGAACUGGGUGGGGCGCAACCGGACGUACCCGGGAGACCUGCCCAGCGGCCAGUACAUGUCGGGCGAUGUGGCGCAGGCGGCUCUGCAGCUCAAGGAGGCGGAGCUGGGUCGGCCGCUGAGCCGGGAGGAGGUGGCGCGGGUGCUGACGCGGGGGGCGGAGAUGACGGGCGGGCUGCUGGCGGCGGGGGGGCGGCGGGACGCGGGUAUGGCGGCGGCGCUGGCUGCGGGGGGCGCGGUGGUGCCGCGCAAGGCAAAGUAGGGGGCUAAGCAAGGCGGAGUAUGGGGAGUGGUAAAAAUAAAGAAACACUGACAAACUGGUGGUGAGGGGAAGAGGAUGGUGGGCGGGGUAAGGAGUGGUGAUGUGGGAAAGGGGGUGGUUUAGGUGGUUGAAGGAUGGGAGUGGCAGGAGGAGGAGAUGGCAUCAGGGCCUGCGGCAAGAGGCGAGAGUGGAGUAAUCGGGUCGGGAGGAAGCGGUGGGCAGGAGCCAGAGUGGUUGUGGAGGAGGGUGUGUACGGAGCGCAGUAGCGCGUUGCGUUGAAGGGCCAGAAGGGAAAGGGGUGAGAAGGCAGUAAAGAGGUAAGAUGCUGGAUGGCAGCUGACGGGCUUUCCUGUUGCGGUCUUUUGGAAAGUCGCAAAAUGCACCUCUCUUUGUGGAGGAAUAAUCCUGCCUGGAAACACUUUUACACCAUCCCGGCGAGGGAACUCGGCCGGCAUGCUUGGUCUUCGUCCUUUUGUCAAACGGCAGCUUUAUUAACGGUGUUAGUGAUAGACCGUGCUGGACAUGAAAGAGUGCGCGGAGGCCUGACCUCUUACCGAGACCCAAGACGUGCAAAGCAGUAACGUUGAAGCGCGCUGGGAUGGAGGCUGAAAGGGCUGUGGGUGUGCUUGUUUUCGUUGGGAAACGCCGGCGACGGCUUUGCUUCAAUCACACGUCGUGAGCUUGCAAUUUUGUGUGCUUCAUGCUAGCAAGUGAUCGAUGUUGCGAGUUUCUAGGAGCGCUUUCGCUGGUUCAUCCAAAGAUGUGGGUUGCAUGGCGGCGCGCGCCAAAAUGUUGGCAUGUAAAAGGAGCUAUGGUCUCCCACAAUACCGGUAAUAAGCUUAAAGGGUAGUUAGG